AUGAAAGAAAAAUACCUAGGGCUAAUCCUGCUCUCUGUUUACCCACAGGGUACUAGUUGCUUCCUGCGUUGGGUACGAAACCUAGAUGAUGAGCUUCAUGCACUUGUAGCUGGGUGUCUAGCAGGAAUUUCUAUGAUGUUUUACAAAAGUACUACUAUCUCAAUGUAUCUGGUGUCCAAAUUAGUCGAGACUAUGUACUUCAAAGGCAUUGAAGCAGGGAAGGUUCCCUAUUUUCCUCAUGCAGACAGCAUCAUCUAUGCCAUUUCUACAUCGAUAUGCUUUCAGGCAGCUGUCAUGGAAGUUCAGAACCUGAGACCUUCAUACUGGAAAUUUCUUUUACGACUAACAAAGGGCAGGUUUGCUCUCAUGAACAGGAAAGUUUUAGAUGUAUUUGGUACUGAAGCAUCUAAGAACUUCAAGGAUUUCACACCUAAGCUUGACCCAAGAUACACUGUUGUACCACCAGAGCUACCGCUGGAGCUGUCUACAAAACGAUAGUCUAUCUUGUCAUUGAAUGUGAUCAGCGUUUUGUCCUAAAAAGUCUAUUAACUUAACAGUCGUAUAUAUGGAGGAGUGCCUGGGCUCCACUUCAGUAUUACUUCAAUGGGAAAUGCUUUUCAGCAAUCAAAAAUACUGAAGCUCUACAGGAAAGUGUGGCUUAGUGAUUAAGCCCUUUCCAUAAGCAGAAUAUAUUUCUGGAUUACUGUAGUUGGUUGACGGUAUGGUAGAUUCUUGAAUGAAUUAAACAAAUGAGUAAUAUAUUUAGAGAAGAGAAGUAAAACAUAAAUAUGCAUAAUAAUUUCAAAAAUUCUCUAGUUUAUACCAGUAGAAUAUUUCUUGGUAAAACUAAAAGUAAUUCUUAAUUUAGAAAGGAAGACAAAUGGCAUAGUUUAAGUCCAGAAUUUUACCUGAUCUUAAAAACAUUGUAGUCAGGUGAAAAUGCCUCCUUGUUUUUCUAAAUUACAUCACUGAUUUAUCUCAAAAGAGCUACUGCCCACUCAUUAUUUAAAAUUACAGUUUUUUUACACAGCUAUGGUUGCAAAAUAAUGCAUUCCUU